AGCGGUUCGGGUAUUUGGAAGUUAUUGUCAUUUUAUACCGGUUUUGACUUUUUGGAAUUGUAUAAGAGGCUUUGCAGCCGCCUGCUCUCCGUCCCCCGGAUCGGGGCGGGCGCUGUAGGCUGCGUCGGAGUUGCUUUGCUAGUCGUGCACUUUCUGUUUUCCUUAAAAUACGAUCUGAAUCCUGCGGGCACCUUGAGCGCUUGGGGCAAAUGCUUACCCAGGUGCAGGCCUGGUGUAGUCUUCUGUCUGCCCAGAGUGAGAGAGAACAAUGCAGAAGGACUCCGGCCCGCUAGUGCCUUUGCACUGGAUUGGCUUUGGCUAUGCAGCCCUGAUUGCUUCUGGUGGGAUCAUUGGCUAUGCAAAAGCAGGUAGUGUCCCGUCCCUGGCCGCUGGGCUCCUCUUCGGUGGGUUAGCAGGCCUGGGUGCUUAUCAGCUGUCUCAGGAUCCGAGGAACAUUUGGGUUUUCCUGGCUACAUCUGGAACCUUGGCUGGCAUUAUGGGAAUGAGAUUCUACCACUCUGGGAAAUUUAUGCCUGCAGGCUUAAUUGCGGGUGCCAGUUUGCUGAUGGUCGCCAAACUUGGAAUUAGUGUGUUCAGUAGACCCCAUCAAUCAUAGUCAUGUCCCAGCUUGGACUUGAAGAAUUUUAAAACGUCCAGUAUUCCUAGUGUAUUAAGAGAAAUAAGUGCAGCAUUUUCAUUUAUUAUGACAUCUUACUUAAAAAAAAAAGAAGGCCCUGAACUUUGCAGGGAAAAAUAAUUAAUCACUAUCAUUACAGUCUUAAAGAGGUGGGUAGUAUAUAACACAAGAGCUUAUUAUUCUAAUACCCUCAUACGUUUUGAUUCUUGUUUGUUGAUAUUAUCUCUUCUUUCUGUGUCUGAAGAUAAAAUCUCAAGGGGUAAAACAUUAGGUAUCAAUGUUGGGGGUCCUGAAACCCCAGACCCUACUCAGAGGAACAGUGUGAAAAAAAUCUGAUGAGAUUUAGCAUAUCUGUUCUUUUGCUCAUCUUAGAGCACAGCCCUACUCUGAGAUAAUGUUAAAUGAAAUAUCAAUGAGAAUAAAGUUUACUAUAAAUAAUAUUUUCCACGGUGUCUUCGUUGCCAGAGCUGUCUAGAACGUAGAAUGAGAUGUGAAAUAGCAGAAAGAUAUAGGAACACAAAAGUGUUCUGUUAAUAUUUUAUGUAGUAAUUACCCAUUUCAAAUAAGGACCAAGGAAAAUUAUUAUUUGAUUAUACAUUCCGUUGAAGCUUGUUUUAAAUAAUGAUCUGUAGUGAGGAUUUCUAAGAUUAGGACUGUGUAGCCAAAAGAAAAAAUGAAAUUUUGGCUAACUAGUUAAUCUGUAAAUGUGAAACUAAAAGAUCUGCCUGGAACUUGAAUUACCCUGGGUGGUGUCUACAUUGGACACAUUAACAGGAUACUGACACAUUUUCACUUCGUUUUGUUGCUUUUCUAAGCAUUGAGAAUUGACUCAUUCUGGUACUCCUUUAAUUUUCCCCUCUUUGAAAAGGAAGGGGUAUUUGCUCCUUACCCCCACUCUAACUGAUAUUGGUUAAAUUUAGAGUAUAAUUUAGGUACUUAACUAGUUGAUUUUAUGUGUUUGCUUAAGCUCCUUGAAAGGAGUCCUAGUUUUCUCAUCCUUGUUUUAUAUGACACAGUUUUGACAUGUCUGACGGGGCCGUUCUUAAAGCAUAAUGCUCAGAGCCCUACACAAGGGGUAUGACCAGGGUACUAUAUUCUAGACCAUGCAUUUCUUUUAAUUCUGCAACCAGGGUCAAAAUAAAGACUUUUGAACAGCCCCAUCACAGCAAUGACUCAUUAAGCUUUUGGUCUACUAGGACCUCAGGUCUUUUUUCCUCACAUACUGCUACUAAUAGUAACUACUUAUAGAUAGUAUAGGGUUGGUACUUGAUAUCACAUACUUGCAAAUACUUCAACGAAAAAAUUGUUCCAUGCCACGACUAGAAGGACCUGCAACUAGGGUAUACAACUGUGUACUGGGGGAAUUUGGGGAGAUAAAGCAGAAAAAAAAAAUUUGUUCCAUAAUUCCUGGUGUGGUCAAUGAUUACCUUUUAUCAUAGCAGUUAUCCCAAAUUCAUGAUUUAAAUAAUAAAGACAAAUAUAUUUACAAACA